UUUACUAAUUAUGGAGGUGUAAGUAGCAUGGCUCAAACUAUUAAGUAGUAAUUACCGAAAUGGAUUAAAAGAUGUUAUACAUACGCGGCGAUACAGAAAACUGAGUAGUAUAGCAUGGUUACCUUACCAAAAAGCAACGAGCUAGGAGGAAGAGGGAAAAGAAAAGUAGAACGUUCAAAUAAUCACAGCUACAACAAGGUAUAUAUUUGUUCCUUCUCUUCUCUUCUCUUCUCUUCUCAGAAGCUUCUUUUCACGACUUGUUUGAAACCCCAAUUAUAGUAAGUAGUUAGUUUAGUGAAUAUUUGUGUUCCCGCGUGUUUUGAGCACCAACUGUUUGUUAAAAUUACCCAACCAUAGUUUUCAAUUUCUAUUCAACUAAAUGCUGAUUCUCCAAACAGCUCUUAUGCCUCGAACGUUCUCACCUUUUUCUCAUUCGAGAUUCUUAUCUUAUUCCACUUUAUCUACUCAUCACAUUGUAAAGCCUAUUUCAAUAUCAUGUUCUGUUUCAACUAACUCUAGCUCAAAACCCGAACCCGAACCUAAUCAUCCCACAUCCAAACAAAGACCAAAAAACAAGGGGAAAAUUUUCCAAAGUGGAGAUGGUGUAUCCAUUAAUAAAGAUGAUAGAAAUUCUGAGGAUGAAUUUCCAACAACAAUUCCAAGGAAGCCAAGGCGUGGUCGUAAAAGUGAGGCGAUGAAAGUGGAAGAUUUUGUACGUGACAGACUGGAAAACACGUUUGCUGCAAUUCGGCAACAAAAUGCGAGUGCUUUAGAGAAUCAUAAAGAUAUAAUGAAGGACAGUGUUGGUGAUGAUUGUGAAUCAAAACCAAAACGGGGCAAUGAUGAUAGUUAUGAGGAGGAGGUGGAAGAAGAGGAAGAUGGUGGUGGAGAGAAGGCGGUGAUUGAGGAAGAGAGUGAGAGCUGGCCAUUAGAUACAGAUGUCGGGUGGGGAAUAAGAGCUUCAGAGUAUUUUGAGAAGCAUCCAAUUAAGAAUGUUGUAGGAGAUGAUGGUGCUGAAAUUGAUUGGGAAGGGGAGACUGAGGAUAAUUGGGUUCAGGAGAUCAAUUGUUUGGAGUGGGAGAGUUUUGCUUUCCAUCCAAGCCCUUUAAUCGUACUUGUUUUUGAACGCUAUAACAGGGCAAAUGAUAACUGGAAAAAUUUGAAAGAGUUGGAGAAAGCAAUAAAGGUGUACUGGAGUGCUAAAGAUCGCUUACCUCCCAGGGCAAUUAAGAUUGACAUUAACAUCGAGAAAGACUUGGCUUAUGCCCUGAAAGUUCGAGAAUGUCCUCAAAUUUUGUUUCUACGAGGGAAUAAGAUGGUGUACAGGGAGAAAGAACUCAGAACUGCGGAUGAGCUGGUUCAGAUGAUUGCAUUUUUCUAUUACAAUGCAAAGAAGCCUGCAUGGGUUGAUGAUAAGGCCUUGUAUUUACGUCAUUAAUUGUUUUUUCAAUGUCACAUGGUCCUUGUAGCACUGCAAUUCUAUAUUACAAUAAUGAUGAAAUAUAUGAAAUUAAAUAUAUAAAACUAUUCCAACCUAAAAAAAA